GUCAGAGGUGCAGGCUCCAGUCACGCCUACUGCGGCGACAGACGAACUUGUAUUCCCAGUUCUGACAACAAUCUGUUGAGCCGCCUGCUGACUGCCAUGAGUUUGGCAACGGAUUUGUUUUGUUUACUAGCGGCAUUUCUUGUUACAGGCAGACCUGUGGAGGGUGGGUUUACAGUAGAGUCCGAAACCAAUCUGCGGUCCUAUUUACUGGAGACCUAUUCGACGUCUGUUCGUCCUGAUGUCACAACCGUCGUUAACAUGAGCUUUAACCUGGUCUCCAUCAACUUCGUGGACAUGAAGACUGAAGAAUUUUCAGUAUCUGGAUGGUGGUCGUUGAAAUGGAUGGACGAUCGUUUGAACUGGAAAAAUACAACAUGGAGUGGCAUUCCUGUGAUGCAAGUGCUGCCAGAGAAAGUAUGGACCCCGUCCCUUGUCGUGGACAACUCGGUGAAUGAUCUGUCGGCUAUCAACGAAGACACCAUCCCCAUCCGUGUGCGCUCCGACGGCCAGGUGACGUGGAACCCACCUGGCAUCAUAGUGACGUCAUGUGACAUGGUCUUGAGCUACUUCCCCUUCGAUACUCAGCAGUGCUUACUGAGUGUAACGAGUGCUGGCUACACUAUCCAAGAGCUCAACCUUGCUGUGCAGAAUGGUGGCGUAUCUCUUGAGUAUUUUUCCGAGAACGGCGAGUGGGAUUUGCUGAGCACGAGCUAUGGACGCACGGAGUACGAGGAAGAUGACUAUUCCUAUGCUAAAGUCUCCUUGUACUUUAACCUCGAACGCAGGCCCGUCUACUACGGGCUCAACACCAUCCUGCCCGUCAUCGUCAACUCGCUGCUCAUCCCGCUGGUCUUCCUCAUGCCCAACGAGUCUGGGGAGAAGAUCGGGUUCUGUCUGACGUCACUGCUGGCCUACGUCGUUAUCCUGACCCUCGUGACGCAGGACUUGCCCACAUCGGCCAAAACGACGUCACUUCUGGGUAUCUAUAUUGCCACAGUGAUGGUCAUGGCUGGUGUGUCCGUCUUUCUGGCCAUCUACUCGCUCCACCUCUAUCAUCUCGCCGAUGAGCAGCAGGUGCCCGACUGGGUGGCUCGACUGACCAGAGUCGCACGCUCUUUCAGUUUCCUUUGCCGCAAGAAGCAGCAGGUUCAUCCUACCAAACUUCCCGCCGGUCACGUGCCUAUGUCAGCCAUUGGAGACCGCGAAAAGGUUAUAUCCAACGAGCUGGACAAUUUAUCUGAGUUGUCGCAGGUGGAGGUUAUCACCUGGAUCACGGUGGCCACAACCUACGACAGCUUCUUCUUUUAUCUGUACUCAGCAGCCAUUGUGAGCAUCAGCCUGGGUUUUACUUUAGUGCUGAUAUCUUGAAGCUCAUAUAUGGCCAGCCUGUUAUGUGUAAAAACUCUGCGCACAUAUAUUAGAGCUUUCAAUUAAUGUUAUUAAGACAAGAUUAAAGACUAACCCAAGUAAACAUUGCUAGAAAAUUAACAGUCUAAAGCCGCGCUAGUGGGAUGUGGGGCCUUGAGCAAAUAAAAUUGUGGGGACUUUCCAAACUGGCAUAACUGGUAAUAAAUAACAUAGUGUUGUAAUACUGUAAAUAGUGCAAAGGCUUCCGAAUAAUAAUAUAAAAAAUGUCGCCACUACAGGAUCAUGUCUUCAAAUUUGACAGCUUUCUGAUUAGAGGGAAGCCUCACGAUGAAAGAAUUGUCAAUAAAAGUUAUGCCCAAACAGAAUUUACUUUUACCACGCUGAAAGGGGAAGUGAUUUGACUUCUUGGAAUUUUAAACAUUGAGAAAACUACGGAUUGUCUUCAUCUCCCGAGGUACUGUCCCACCAGGCGCUGUGCGGGGGAUCUUGGGCGGUCGCGCCUGCUCGCAGAACUAGCGCCGGCAUUGCAUAGAGCUGUCAUUAGUUGUUAGAAAUGUGUCACAAAUAAUCUUGUCAGAAAACAUAAAUGUGCAUUGACCUAAGUUCUAACUAUACUGACGUCCUGAAGGUCGUAGCCGUAAGCAUUGCCUGAUCUGGAAGACUAUAUAGUUAUGACCCCGAGAAACAAACUUUUUACAUCGGUCCAAAGUGGGAUAAGAACUGCUAUGUUUUAAGGUUAGUAUCUAAUAAACUUUAGUUUUUAGCUCACAUUCUUGGAAUUAAUAUAUUUAAUGAAUUGAACAUAUAUAUAUAUAUGAAAGAUAUCGUUCUCGCAUCCAGUAUACGUACAAACUGUCCGUGCUGUGUUUUAUUUUAUUUUGCUGGUACCUGCCCUGAUUAUUUCUCUGAACUGCUCUUCCCUAACGUCCCAGCUAACUUCCCUCCGCUACUCGUCUGAUGAUCGUCCCCUUACUCUUCUUCUCACCAGAAAAACAACAUAUGGACACAGGAUUCUUACUUAUUCUCCAGUGAAACAUUGGAACUCUCUCCCUCUCCAUAUCCGCCACCCGCUAUAUUGAAUCCUUUAAACGUGCACUGAAAACACACCUCUUCCGUAAACAUUACUCCUAACAUCCUUUCACACAAUGCAAGUGCUUUUCCCCACUCUUUCCUUUUGCUACAUCAUGUUACCCUUAGUUCUUGUUAUUUGGUUCCUCUUUUCUGUAUUUUAUUUUAUUCAUUAGUCCUGUUGCUUAAUCUUUUAUAUUUCAUCUUGUUUUCCUGUCUCACGUGUGCUGUCCAUGGUUCGUUCUUGAGCUUAGGCGCUGAGAGCAUGCUCCUUACGAUUUUGCAUUUAUUAUUAUCAUUAGUUUUGUGCAUGUGUAAUUCCUGAAACACAUCUUCCCAUCCCACUGCUGAAUUUUAUGUACCUAAAACACCUCAGUCCCACAACAUGAACAUACAUUCAUGGAAGGCUAUUUUUAGCUGACAUUUGCUCUGUCUGUGAACUUGGAACAAACCGCGGUAUUCAGUUGACAAGUCAAAACAAAAAAAAAACAACAAAAAACAAAAACAAAACAAAAUCCAAAAAAUAACCACAAAUGCUUUAUGAGUGGCAGGCUCAGUCAAACAAGUCCAAGUAUAUAUACCUCUCCCUUCCUCCGCCUCCACAACUGAUUACACAUAACCUCGAUCUGCUGAUGAACAUUAAAAAAAAAUUAGUAAGUGGGAUUGGUUGUUCUAUUGACUUUUCUUUGUUAAACAAAUGUUCAAAGAAAUACCUACAAUGUCUAGCGUAAUAUUUGGUUACUUAUUUGAAAUGUCUGUGUGAAAAUCAUUUGUUCUUGAAUAUAUUAUAGAAUAUGUGCACUUUAUUCAUGUUUACCAUGGUGUCAUAUCUGCAUUUUUUUGUAGAACUUAUUACUUAAUCUUAUUUGCUUCACACCUUGAUGUGUACUGCUCCCAACACAAUUCCUCUCCUGUUAUUUUAUGCAUUUAAAAUAAUUGCAAAUGUAACAAAAAUUAUAUAUAUGCGUCAGCUGCAUCUAAAUUACCCGUGUUGACCGUUGGAACUUCUCUCUCAUCUUGAAAUAUUGAUGCUUUUUACCUAUUAAUUUCUGGAUGAACAUUUCAUAAUCAAACUCAACUCAUGAUUGCACUGUCACCAGAAAAUUCCCAUCUCAUAGCACUGACGUUUGCAACUUGUUUCCUUCGCAAACUGUAUUUGUAUAUAAUGAACACAUGGGUCAUACACAUUUUGCAGUUUAUUAACUCUCUUCUUGUUCUGUGAUAUUAAACUGCUUAUAUGGUCUAUUUGCAGUAUUUGAACAUUUCUGGACAGUAUUGUGCAGAAAAUUUCAGGAGCAGGCCAUGAGGCAUUGUUAUGUCACUGCUUCAGUGCAUUCUUGGAUGUGUGUGCAGUGGGCAUGAAGAAGAGCCAGAAACACCUCAGAUAAAUAUAGGCAGAUGGAUUCCAUCUUCUUUAUAACUCUCUCAGUGACAUUCCUCUGAACUUGUACCUCUUUGCUUCAAUUCAUCUACAAAUCCAUUCAUCCUCUUUGUCAUCUGUGGGGGCUCGUCGGGUGUUGUGUUGUGUGUGUGUAAUACGUUGUGCGCAUGCAACGUAAGUGUAUGUUUGUCUUAUUUAUUACAAUAAUGUAAAAACAAGUUCAGUUCACCUCUUAGGUAUCUUAGUACAAAGUGGCUAUACAAUGCAUGACAGAAGUUAACAAGCUAAAAUAAAAUCUUCUAACAGUUUGAUAUGCAUCUUAUUUUUUGAAGGACUAGAUUUGUAAAUCAUUAUAACUUUAAUCGCUUGCAAUACCAUACAAAUCAACAAUUAAUGAAAACUCAAUGUUUCCUUUUUUGACUUUUCCUGACGAUUUUGGAUGAC